AAUUGAAAGCAAAGUACAUCAAAUAAAAAAGAAAGAAAAGUAAAAAAAAAGGGAAAGCAGCAGCAACAAUAAGAAGCAGAGGAAAAUGCCGGCAUCAAGUGGAUUAUAUCGAAUCAAGCACGGGCGUGUCCUUGGCAGCGUGCAAAAAACGUCGGCACUUAUUUUUAUAGCAUACAUUGCGGCAUGCAGCAUUUGCGGCUACAUGGCAGCUGCGGAAGAGGCAGCAACAGUGGCGCCAGAGCACAGCGCGACGUCAGGCAGCAGCAGCAGCAGCAGCAGCCCAAGUGAGGAAUUACAGCGGCAUAUAAAUCAAAAUUUAAUUAUGUCGCCAGCGCUCGGCUCCAGCUUUGCCGCCGCAUCGGCGGCCGCACUGACAGCUCCACAGCCCCCCGUCGCCUCCUCGUUUGCCACCUCAUCCUCAUCCUCAUCGGGCAGCAGCAUAACAAGCUUUGACUCCAACAACUUGAUCGAUGACAAGAGCCUGCCACAGCCGCCACACCAGCAGCAACAGCAUCUCGAACAGCUCCAGCUGCAGCACCAGCAGCAGCAACACUCACGUAUUCAGGCCAAAGAUACGGCCGGCCCAUAUCCAAUACCUGUGCACAGGCCGGAGCCCGUCGAGAAUCAUCUGGAGGCGACGCACGGCAUCGAUGGUGCGGAUAAUGUGUUCGGCACGCCCAUGUACUUCGGCACCGAGAACUCAACGGUGGUGACUACACAGAUUGGCGCCACCGCCCACGUACCCUGCACCGUACACCACAUUGGCGAGGGUGUGGUAUCCUGGAUACGCAAAAAGGAUUAUCAUCUGCUUACGGUCGGCCUAACAACCUACAGCAGCGACGAGCGCUUCAGUGCCACGCACUUGAAACAUUCCGAGGAUUGGACAUUGCAAAUCAAAUUUGUGCAGCUACGUGACGCCGGCGUGUACGAGUGUCAAGUAUCCACACAUCCGCCCACAUCCAUAUUUCUACAUUUGAGCGUAGUCGAAGCGCGCGCCGAAAUAUCAGGACCGCCCAUACGUUAUCUGACGCCGGGCUCAAGGCUGCGCUUGCAAUGCCGCGUUGUACAGAAUACAGAGGCAUCCGAGUAUAUAUUCUGGUAUCACGACAACCGCAUGAUUAAUUAUGACAUUGAUCGGGGCAUUAAUGUGUCAACCGAGCCAGACUUUCAAUCAUCGGAGCUUACAAUUCAGCGCACACGUCGCGAGCAUUCGGGCAAUUUUACCUGUGUGGCCAGCAACACGCAGCCAGCCAGCGUUUUGGUACACAUUUUCAAAGGCGAUAAUCCUGCGGCCAUGUAUCACGGACAUGUGGGUGGCUCAACUAAAACGACGCAACGCCAGCUACACAAUUUUAUGGUAAUGAUUGCCAUCGGCUAUCGGAUAUUCCACACAAGUGUCUAUAUGAGAAUCGUCUAAAAGGGGCUGCUGACAACUGACAACCCGCAACAUUUGUAACUAAUUCAUCAAAGCAGUAGCAGCUAUAUAUCUAAGUAAAGCCCAUUAAAUUCUUCAAGCAGACAACAUUUAAACAGCUCUUAGCUAAGCUCAUAAAUUAAACAAAUUUCAACUACAACUAAAAUCUCAAUCUAUUUAAGCGUUGCAUGUGUAUGUGUGUGUAAUUACUUUUAUAUAUGUAUGCAUGUGUGUGGGCGCGUGUGAAUUGAUAAAUGCAUGUGUAAAAUACAGCCGUUUAA